GAAUAUCAAAUGUUUGCUUGACCGGGUUAGAAACGGUGAGCUGACUGAGGACAGGAACAUUGCUAUGCUGGAAAUACAGGAGGUUGUCUCUAAAAGUUCUGCUGGACAAAAGAACUUCGGAGCAGUGGGAUUCCAAGUGAUAUUGAACAUCUUAAAGGAGAGCGAUAAUGUUUACAUGGUCACGGAUGCUUUGCUAACUCUUUUGGACACUUUAACUCCAAUAAAUCAUGAAAAAGGGUCUGCGGAUGAGGUUCAGCCACAUGUGAUGAAUAGUGACUUGCUCUUUCAAGAAGAAAAUAGUAUCUCUCUUCUCUUAGGUUUGUCGUCACAUGAGGAUUUCUAUGUACGAUACUAUACACUUAAAGUUUUGAAGGCCCUCCUAACUAAUUCUCCACAAAAGUUAACGGUAGCUAUGCUUGACAUUUUCCGGAUACAACAACUGAUGAAUAUGUGUGCGGAUUGUCAUGAGCUCAUACAAUAUGAGGCACUUUGGCUUCUGUUUUCCUUGAACCGUGAGGCUGAAGUGAGCCAGGCUGAAGAAAUUCAAAAAAUUCUGGUUAGUCAAGGUGCUUUUGAAAUGAUAUUCAGCAUUAUAAAAGAGGGAGGUUCAGAAGGAGAAGCUGUGCAGGUUUGGACAAGUGAUCUUAAGCUUAAUUCUAAAAUGUUUUUUAGAAUAGUAGAGAUUGGAAAACUUAGAUGACUCUGAUGUUGCAUUGCUCAACCUCGUUAACAAAACAAUCCAGCAAAUUUUCUGGAGGGAGCUGCAAUGAAUGAUUUUUCAGUCAUCACAUGCUCAAUUCACUUCAAGUGUCGUUGAAAUUUUUGGGCUCUUCACUUAAAUUCAUGCUGAUUUUGAUAUAAAUACUUUGUAACUAAGCAACUCUUAUUAUUGGCUAAUCAUGCUGGAGUUUGUUCAAAGGUGUUGAACUUGUGUAGUCUGUCAUUAUCUUGCCUUUUUACCUUUUCCAUUGAGUAUCUGAGCAGAACUUUUAUCUUGUUCUUAUUUCUGGCAUUCAAUCACCAUCAUUCUUUAUUGUAAAUAUUUGUAAUUCAUGGUUUCUAUAUAUUGCCUAUAUGUGUUACUAGCACACUUGAUGCCCCGGUCCGUAGGUGUGAGAGGCUAGCGUUGGAUGG